CUCAACAAGGGAGAUUCAAAUUCAGAUUCAAAUUAUAGCAAUGAGAUUUACUAUAGCUAGUAUCCUCUUUCUUUCACUGAUGGCUUGGAGUGUCAAUGCAAGAAAAGAUGGAGGGGGAUAUUGGCAAGGUGUUGUGAAGGAUCAAAAAGUGGAAGGAGAUGGCUGCCACACGGUGGAUGAGUCAUCAAUCUUCAAUGUCAAACCUAAGUACGAGGAAUCUUUUGCAAAUGGCUUUGAGAAAAGGGCUCAUACUAAUACUCAUGUCAACCAUUUAGGUUUUGUAAGAGAGUUCGAACCUCGGCCUAGUGCCACAUCUUAUGUUGGUAACCUCAAGCCUCAAGAUGAGAAAUCUAUUGUGAGAGAUUUUGAACCUAGGCCUAGUGCCACAUCUUAUAUAGGUAACCUCAAGCCUGAAGAUGAGAAAUCUUUUGUGAGAGAUUUUGAGCCUAGGCCUAGUGCCACAGCUUAUGUUGGCAAUCUCAAGCCUGAAGAUGAGAAAUCUUUUCUGAGAGAUUUUAAACCUAGGCCUAGUGCCACAUCUUAUAUUAGUAACCUCAAGCCUGAAGAUAAGAAAUCUUUACUGAGAGAAUUUGAGCCUAGACCUAGUGCCACAGCUUAUGUUGGACACCUCAAGCCUGAAGAUGAGAAAUCUUUUCUGGGAGAAUUUGAGCCUAGACCUAGUGCUACAGCUUAUGUUGGAAACCUCAAUCCUGAAGAUGAGAAAUCUUUUCUGAGAGAUUUUGAGCCUAGGCCUAGUGCCACAUCUUAUGUUGGUAACCUCAAGCCUGAAGAUGAGAAAUCUUUUCUGAGAGAAUUUGAACCUAGACCUAGUGCCACUUCUUAUGUUGGAAACCUCAAGCCUGAAGAUGAGAAAUUUUUUCUGAGAGAAUUUGAGCCUAGACCUAGUGCCACAGCUUAUGUUGGAAACCUCAAGCCUGAAGAUGAGAAAUCUUUUCUGAGAGAAUUUGAGCCUAGACCUAGUGCCACAGCUUAUGUUGGAAACUUCAAGCCUGAAGAUGAGAAAUCUUUUCUGAGAGAAUUUGAGCCUAGACCUAGUGCUACAGCUUAUGUUGGCAACCUCAAGCCUGAAGAUGAGAAAUCCUUUGUGAGAGAUUUUGAACCUAGGCCUAGUGCCACAUCUUAUGUUGGUAACCCCAAGCCUGAAGAUGAGAAAUCUCUUGUAAGAGAUUUUGAGCCUAGGCCUAGUGCUACAUCUUAUGUUGGUAACCUCGAGCCACAAGAUGAGAAAUCAUUUAUGAGAGAUUUUGAGUCUAGGCCUAGCGCUACAUCUUAUGUUGGUAAUGUAAAGCCUAGAGAUGAGAAAUCAGUUAAUGCUUACGAUUUUGAACUAAGACCUUAUGUUUCAGCAUAAUACUGAUAAUGUUUAUUCAAAGAAGGAGAAAAUCUUAUGGCGGAGUCUUUGAGCCACGACCCAAUGUUUCAGCAUAUAGUGAUAAGUGAAAAUGAAUCAUGAGUGGGAAGUUUAAGUUGUUAUGUGUGCUUUUAGUUGUGCUUUUUAUUAUAAUGUAUGAUGGUGUAUAAGAUUGUGGUUUUCGAAUAAAGUUUAAUCAUGUGUGCCGUGAAAAAUGUGCAUUGGCUCUUGA